AUGGAUCAUGGCCGACGUUCCCAGGCCCGGGCGCAGCCUGUUGACGAUGUAGACGGGCUCGGCGCGCAACUCGCCCAGAUGAUCGUCCCGAUCCUCACUGCCCAAAACUCAUGUCAAGUCCACGAGCAGUGCGACAGCAGCUGCCCUAAUCGCAUUGGCGUCCGGCGCUACCUCCUAAUGCCCAACGGUGAGCGGCGCCAUGAAACAGACGAAAGAGCCAGCUUGGGCGAACAACUCGGCGCCGCGAGAGUCAACAACGAUGGACAGCCGCCCAGACAGCAGCCCUUCACGAUUCAUCCCGACACGCCGAGAUUCGUAUACGAGAGACUCCCAUCGCCACAUGGCAUGAUUCGGCUGGUAAAGUUGAAGAGCGCCUAUUUCAGAGAAGACCCCGUCGACUGCGAAUUGCUCACUUUUGACAUGGAUGACUUGCCGCCGUACGGGGCCCUUUCGUACUGUUGGGGUGAGGCAGCAGAUGCGUGCAAAAUGAUAUGCAAUGGGCACUUAUUCUAUGCGCGCCCCAGUUUAGAACGCGCCUUCAAGAGGCUGCGAGCUGGAUUCAGUUCCGGCCAAACAGAAGGGUACAUCUGGGCAGACGCCUUGUGCAUUAACCAGGGGGAUCUGGAAGAGAAGGGUGCUCAGAUCCAGCUCAUGGAGCGGAUUUAUUCAUACGCCUCUACGGUAUACAUUGAUCUCGGAGACACAGAUGGCCGUGUCGUUUCGGGUACUUCUAAUCUGUCGGCAACCAUCCAGGGAGCCUCGGGAAUGGGCAGUCCCGAUGCCUUGAUCCCGGUCGGCCGUGAUACACCACAUCCACUAUUAUACAAGACUGUGUUUCUGGCUCUGCAACAACCUUGGUUUACAAGAACGUGGGUCAUUCAAGAGGCUGCGUUGGCGAGAAGAGCAGUGUACAUGUUCUGCGGCAAUGUGCUUUCGCAGCAGCAGUUGGAUGAUAUUUUGAGCCGACAGGCCAUGCGUGCGAAUCCAAGCCGUAUGCAGGAACUGAUGCAACUUGGGGGCAAUGAUGCGCUCCGCAACUAUCUCAACUAUGCGAAGCUGCAGCAAAUAAAGGAUGCUCGAGGGAGAAUGACAUCACUGGAGCUUAUGGAACUGACGAGGGACUUUGCUGCUACUGAUCCGGCGGAUAAGGUGUUUGGGUUGUUGGCGCUCAUGAGUGACGAUGAUCGGCAAGCCAUUGGACCCUAUCCCCAAACCGUUGAAGAGGUGUUUCGACGUUUCGCAGCACUUCAAGUCCGACGGGGAUUCGCCAUCAAGAUGCUCGACAGUGCAGGUCUCCAACGGAGAAACAACUCUGAACGAAGGCUUCCAUCCUGGGUACCCGACUGGAUGGGACAGACGAAGUCGCCGAAGCAAAUUGCUGGCCUGCGUCCUGUUCCGUACGCAGCUUCUGGAUUUACAGAACCCCAAGUCCGCAUGGUUGGAGAUGAGUCGGGAUCCGGCGGCCUCAGUCUUCGUGGCAUGAUAGUCGACACAAUCGAUAGUGUUGUCUAUGUCCACAGCGCACCGGUAACAGCCGAAGGCGAACCAUCAUUUCUGGCGUUCCAUGAAAAGUUCCGCCCGGCGUUUGACAGCUACGUGAACGGGAUCAAGGGGAAACCCAGGUACAUGGACAAUGAAGAGGUGUUUGCGCGCUUGUUACUAAUGGACGAUACAUAUACGGGCCGCAAUGCCAUCCUGUAUAGCAGCCCUAUAGAAAACCCGGCCUUGACGUAUCGUUCCGCACUGGCCGCCUGGCGCGAAGGGCGUAAUUAUCGUAAUGACAUGGGCGCCGGGAAAAUGGACGCCGUGCAGACCUUUCAGAUGCAGGCGAUUGCAGUGUGUCCUGGCCGUGGGUUUGCGACAACUCGAGGGGAGUAUAUCGGGUUGGUGCCACUAGCCGCGCAAGAGGGUGAUCUGGUAGUAGUGUUUUACGGUGCUACUGUCCCGUAUGUUGUGCGGCGAGUAGAGAACGGUUAUAUAUUGGUAGGAGACGCAUUCGUACACGGGUUCAUGUGUGGUGAGGCGUUGGAGAGGCGGGACUUGGAGUCGGUUGAUAUUGUCCUUGUUUGA